ACCGAUAUAACUCUGUCGAUCCUUCUCGAAAAUCCUCUUUAUUCCCCACCGAUAAUCUCUCUCUCUCUCUCUCAAUCUGGAAAAUGCCGAAACCGAAGGCUUCACUGAAGGCGAGGUACGCAACUGACAAGCUGGGCGUGGUGGGCACUCUGGCGGUCGACGCCGGCGACUUCAGACUUCUUGCCUCGGCGACUGACACCACCUUCGUCGGCGGCCUCUCCUUGAACGGCCUCUCUCUCUCCAUUGAGAAGCCAGGCUCAUUCUUCAUCGACUACGACGUCCCCAAACAGGAUGUUCUGUUUCAGUUCAUGAACACAGUCAGGGUUUUGGACAAACCCUUGAAUUUAACUUACACUCAUGAGAAGGGCGUGAACCAGACUGCAUUGAACGGGACGCUGGUGCUUGAUCCCGCCAACAAACUCUCGGCCAAUUAUGGGUUUGAUUCACAGAAUUGCAGGUUGAAACACACCUACAUGCACCGAGCGAAGACCACGUUCGAGCCAAGCUAUGAUUUCGCACAGAAUUCGUGGGACUUCACAGUGUCACAGAAGUUGUCUGAUGAUGACAUACUGAGGGCUUCGUACGAGACGUCUAGCAAGGUUUUGGGAUUAGAUUGGUCAAGGAAUUCCAUGCUUAAUGGAACGCUCAAGAUUUCUGCAUCCGUCAAUUUGGCAGAGAAACAGAAGGUGCCAAAGUUUUGUGCAGAAAGCAGUUGGAAUUUCGAUAUGUAAUUUUUCCUCUCUUUUACCUGCCAAUAUCCUUGUUUCUAUAAAAACGGCUGCCUCAGUUGGUCGUAUGCCGUGUGGAUAUGAGCUAUGUUUCAUCAGUUUUGUAAAGCAGUCUAUAAGAAGAUCAAUGACUGAUGUAGAAUCUUUUUUUAGUCUAAUCAGAAUUUUCUUCUUAGUUUUGAAAU